GCGUAGUAGAAUGCGGUCCGUCGGAAGGUUGGUUUUACUGUUGGGUGUGGCCGCCGCCGUUGUAGUAGGGUUGCUAGUAGUUCCGGUGAGUGCUGGUGUGGCCGACAAUAGAAUCGAUCACUUCGGAACGGGUGACGAUGGCAGUUGCAAGUUGCCAGACUCGCUGGCGGAAGAGAUUCGCGGUUAUCAACCGAUCGUGAACAAGAUCGUCGAUAAGAUUGUGAACGGUGAGUUCGCCGGCCGCACCUGGGACGAUCUGGCGGAACUCGUCGAUACGUUCGGUGCCAGGGUAGCCGGCAGCGAGCAACUUGAGAAGGCGAUCGAUUUCGUGGUCGAGCGCAUGAAAGUGGACGGGCUGGAGAAUGUGCACACCGAGAACGCGUCCGUGCCACACUGGGUUCGAGGGUACGAAAGUGCCGAGCUGGUGAAGCCGUUCCGCAAGAACCUGCCGCUGCUGGGACUCGGGAGUAGUGUCGGCACCCCGCGUGGCGGCAUCAUUGGCGAAGUGCUGGCCGUAGAGUCGUUCAAAGAGUUCGAAAACAUUCCACCGGAUCAGGUGAAGGGAAAGAUCGUCGUGUUUGCACCGCAAUGGGAAGGAUACGGGCGAACGGUGGUUUACCGUAGCCAGGCCGCUUCGGUGGCUUCGCGCAAGGGGGCCGUGGCGGCGCUGGUUCGAUCGAUCACACCGUUCUCGAUCGGUUCCCCACACACCGGUCAGCAGCACUAUCAGGAUGGGGUGAAGAAAAUUCCGGCCGCUUGCAUUACGGUCGAAGACGCAGAGAUGCUGCUGCGCAAAUACCGACGAGGAGACCGGAUGGAGAUUCAUCUGGAAAUGGAGGACCGACCGAUGGAACCGGUGAUCUCUCGGAACACGAUCGGGGAGCUGGUAGGGACGAGCUUGACCAACACCUCGGUGGUUGUUGUUUCGGGCCAUCUGGACAGCUGGGACGUUGGCGUUGGAGCGAUGGACGAUGGUGGCGGUGCGUUGAUCUCGUGGAAGGCGCUCGCGUACCUGAAGGCCCUCGGUUUACGGCCCCGCCGAACGAUUCGGGCCAUCCUGUGGACGGGCGAGGAGGAAGGCCUGUACGGUGGGGCCGCCUACAAGGACGGCCACAUGGCCCAGGAGCAGAAGGAGUUUAAUUUUUUCUUCGAAUCCGACAUCGGCACGUUUGAGCCACGCGGACUAGACUUUGUGGGCAACGCGGACGCGGAGUGUAUCUUCCGGGAGAUCGUCAAACUGAUGUCGCCCCUGAACGCGACGGAGUUUGCCACUCCAACCGACGGCGGGCCCGACAUUAGCCACUGGACCACGCGCGGAUUUCCGGGAGCUUCGUUGUUGAACAAAAAUGAUAAAUAUUUCUGGUUCCACCACUCGGCAGGCGAUACGAUGGCCGUUGAGAAUCGCCAGAAUUUGGACAAAUGCGCUGCACUGUGGGCGGCGGCCGCAUACGUUGUGGCCGAUUUGAGCGUCAGCAUGCCAAAGGAGGUCCACCCGUGAAGGCGGAUACACACCGGGAUCGUUCUUUCAGCGGGCAAAAUAAA